AUGUUCAAUCCAUUCAUAAAGUUCCAAAGACUCAAAGAUAAAAGAAGAAGAAAAAUAUGGCAGCUAUUCCGCGCUACGGAUUUUGCAUCGUUGAUGUAUCCUUGCUUCACUGUUUGCCGCAUUCUGGGAAUUUUUUCAUACAAGUACAACGCUGCGAACAUCAAGACUUACAAACCAAGCUAUAUUCUAUCAACAUUCGUUAUGUGCGUUUUCUGCACUGCCUAUUCAAUUAAUUUCUAUGAUAUCAAUAUUGCUAACAAUAUUCUAGUCAAAGGCGCAGGAGUACCCAAAACACUUGAACUUAUCUGCUUUCAUAUUCUUGGUGGUUUUGCAGUUAUUACUACAUUUAUUUUUACUGGACCACGAAUGCGUUUACUUCGGAACAUAAUGGAGGUUUCGUUGAAAUUACCCCCGCAAUCGUUUCAGAAUUUAUCUAGAUUAAUUCAUGCUAAGGACAGUUUGUUACUCCUGUUUCUAAUUGUGAUAUUGUGGAGAUUCUAUUGUGUUCUGAACAUUGCCUUCCUGCGCAAAAUUGUGGUUGUAUACAUACUUCUCUUCGUGUACCAAAUGGAUAUGCUGUAUAUGAAUUGUGUUUGUAUAUUGAAAGCUUGUUUCAAGCAAAUCAACGACAAUCUGGUGAAUUUGCGGGAAAUUUUGACAAAUGGUGAGCUAUGCCUUCUGAGCGGCGCCUAUCGUGCGCAGAGAAAUCAUUUCAUACUGCUGGAGAUCACAGCUCUGAAAACUACAGCAUUUGGCAAUCAGUGA